UGUUGAGAUGCCGCUGUCUAUAAAUAUGACGCUACUCUGUCGCAGAAGCAUCCAGUGCACCAGGACCAACAAGACGUUCGCCAAACUUCAUCGGAGAUUUGAUUCCUGCACAGCCCCAUCAUGUAUUUCAGCAUACUUGUCGUUGCGAUGCUCAUAUCGUUUGCAUCAGGCAAUCCAGCGGAUAAGCAGGUUGAUGAAGGUGCCCUUUGGAAUUUCGGCUAUAUGUUAUCCUGUGCUACUAAUUCAUACAGUAGUACUAGAUACAACGGAAAUGGCUGCUUCUGCGGAUUAGGAGGUCACGGCACCCCAGUAGACAAUUUGGAUGUAUGCUGUCAGGUGCAUGACAACUGCUACGGUGAUGUGGAAGCGGCUAACGGGGGACCCUGCCCCCAGGGCACCAACAUAUAUACCCUAGAAUACACUUACGAGUGUAGAGCACCCUGGAGUUGGUUCUUUAAAGCCGAAGAGCUUACCAUCACCUGCGAUGCUGAAGCCAAUGACGGAUGUGCGCAAGCAUUGUGUGAGUGUGACAAGACGGCAUCCCUGUGCUUCGCGGCGAACGACAAGGAGAACAUUUGUACAGCCUAA